CACUAUGACGUGACGGUCAAGUCCAAGAUACUCCAUUGCGACAUCAGCAGCGGGAACAUCCUAAUCCUUCCCACAUUCGUUCUUCAGCAGGAGGGCGACAUGACCUUGCGCGUGACUUGGCGAGGCAUCCUGGCGGACUGGGAGCUCUCGAAACCCAUCUCACGAGGAGAAGAGGUCAAUCAGGCUCUGCGACCGAAGAGAACUGGCACGUGGAGGUACAUGUCUGUCGCUUCUCUCAUGGAUGCCCUCCACAUCGUACAGACCGCCGACGAGAUCGAGUCCUUCUUCAAUGUCCUCCUCUACAACGUUAUCCGU